UAGCGCAGGAGUUGAACCCCUUACUCAACCCUGCGAAAGAGACGAAACGACGGGAAGCGACGGGCGUGUCGCUGCUCCGGAGAGAGAAACGGGGAGUGACAGUGAGGGCACGUCGCUCAGUCAGGCCUUAUCUCUGUAAUAAACACUGAUCACACACGGAGCUCCGCCACAGGCUACCUCCGCCAUCAGCGCACUUUUGGCGACAUUAUUUCCGGAUCGAAAGCGAUUCAUGGUCGCAAAAUGCGAGACGAGAGCGAUAAUAGAGCGACGUGGCGGUCGGAUUUGUGAAGAUUACAGUCAAUAAAGUGCUCUGCACAAGACUGCCUCCUAAUCCCUGUGUGAAAGGGAUGGGCAGUGAGUGCACCGGCUGAGUCUGACUUUCUGCAAACAAGCUGGGUGGGGAAUGGAAGGAGACUCUUCCUUUACCCCACACAUGCACAUUAUGGUCACAGGGUGUAGGCUCACACACUUGCGCUGGAUGUCUAACACAUUGUCAGAUGAAACCAGAGUGUUUACAUGAGGAUGGCAGAGGCUCCCAUGUCAUGUGACUGUUUUGUUUCCUUGCCCCCUGGCUCUCGCGAUGACCAUGUGAUUUUUGGGAAGAACUCGGACCGUCCCCGGGAUGAGGUGCAGGAGGUGGUCUCCUACCCUGCAGGAUCUCAUCCUCCAGGCUCCAUGCUGGAGUGCACAUACAUCCAGAUCCCCCAGGUGGAGCAGACCCACGCUGUCAUCCUCAGCAAACCUGCAUGGAUGUGGGGGGCUGAAAUGGGAGCCAAUGAUCAGGGAGUCUGUAUUGGGAAUGAGGCAGUUUGGACUCGAGAGCCCGUCGUCCCCGGGGAGGCUCUGCUAGGCAUGGACCUUGUGCGGCUGGGGCUGGAGCGUGGCGACAGUGCCUGGGCAGCAGUGACAGUGAUCACCGGCCUCCUGGAGCAGCAUGGCCAGGGAGGGCAGUGCAGGGAGGAUCCGGCGCCCUUUAGCUACCACAACACCUUCCUCCUGGUGGACCGCAACGAGGCCUGGGUCCUGGAAACUGCUGGAAGGCUGUGGGUGGCGCAGAAAGUCACAGAGGGUGUGAAGAACAUAUCCAACCAGCUGACCAUCGGCGCUGACAUCUCUGCAGAGCACCCGGAGCUACGGAGCGUGGCCCAGGCUCAGGGCUGGUGGGACGGUGAAGGGGAGUUCAACUUCUCCCAGAUCUUCAGCCCGGAGGACCCACCUGCCAGGAUGGAGCUGGCCAAAAAGCGCUACAAGGGAGGCACAGAGCUACUCCAGCAGCAUGAUGGCUCAGUGACAGCAGAGGUGAUGAUGUCCAUUCUGAGGGACAAGCCCAGUGGCAUCUGCAUGGAUUCUGGAGGUUUCUGCACCACAGGAAGCAUGGUGUCUGUCCUGCCCAAAGACACCAGCCUGCCCUGCAUCCACUUCUUCACUGCCACUCCAGACCCCUCCAGGUCUAUAUUCAAGCCUUUUAUCUUCUCGGAGUGUUCCACCCGAGUGCUGAGGGUGGUCUCUCCACAGUUUGGCCCAGAUGACCCUGUCAGGAAGCAGCCUCGCUUUCAGACCCAGGUGGACCGCAGACAUGACCUGUACAAGGCCCACCAGGUGGCGCUCAACACCAUGGAGACCAACCCGGAUGAAGGCUUAGUGAUCUAUGAGAUUCUGAGGGACCUGGAGUCGCAGUGUCUGAGCGAGAUUUCAGCCAUGCUGAGUGGAGAGAUCCCCGGAGAGGAACUGGGGGACUUGUUUUUUGAUUGCGUGGACACAGAGAUUAAGUUCUACCAGUGAGGAGUGCCCUCAGGUGGACAUCCCUAGCGCUCGCAGAGUGGCAGGAGAAGACCCUGGGACUGUUAAAAACUCCUCCUCUGAGUGGCCUCCGUCUCACUCACUCAACACACAUCCCUAACACCAUUCCAUCAAUAACACAGGCUAAAUGUCUAAAAUGCACAUGUGUUUGGAGCAUAUUUAUCAUCUGUAUCACCCAGGGAGCAAUGACUGCACCUCAUUAGUGAGUAUAGUGAUGUAGACUACACAGGCGCCUAUGUAGAGCUGUGUGACGUUGCACAUAUUCUGUAAUUAUGGCAUUUGUUUAACAUUUAAUUUGUUCUUGCAAAUGAAGGGGUUGUCAUUUGAUGGCCAGCUGUAGGGAAGGAUCUAAUAAAGAACGUGUAUAGUG